AUGCGUCUCUGUUCCUAUAUAUUAUUCUUCCUUAUUUUAUUACUAUCUAGUUAUGAAUUCGUAACAUCGAAACAAUUUACUGGUGGGCAUACAUAUCCAAAGUCCAGUGGCUUUUCUGGCCAUGGACGCCAUCCAAAGUCUACAUCUGGCCGUAAGGCCCCUUUCUCGGAAAGUGGACAUCAACCAUCGGGAGGCAGCCAUGGCUAUCCAUCACCUGGCAGACAUACCCCUAAUGUACACUACCAUUACAACUACAAUCCUCCGCAGCAAAUUCGUUACACUCCCAAGCAUGGUGGGUCGCCUGUGUAUUAUCCAGUUUAUCACUCACCACCUCCAACUUAUGUGUAUAAAUAUAAGGAUUCAGGAAGUAAGUAUGGUACGUUAUUGGCUGGUUUAGCGCUUUACAACCUCGGAACUCAAAGUAAGAGUCAUUCAAAUUAUACACCAAAGCCAGGUGAAAUAUGCAAAUUUGCUAUUAAAAAAGAUAACGGAGAUUAUGAAGAAACUAAAAUAGACUGUAAUUUGAUAUCUAGUUUUAUCUACCAGGAAGAAGCUAAAACUCAAAGUCGAGGCAGGAACACAACUGUCGUAACAACGGUGACAAAUAUUACAACAAUAAAUGCACCAAAUAACAGUGAUCCAAGUCCAUCACCAGUAAAUACAAAUUCUUUGUAUGAAAUGUUACCAAAUGGCACACUGGUUCCUAUAAAUGCGACAGCUGCAAAUACAAUAACAGUUGACUCAAAUAAAACAGCGGAUAGCACAAUUACCUCUUCGGUAAGAAUCACAACAACCAAUACCACAGUGACUAAUGCGUUGGAUGUGAAAGGUAAACCGAUUAAUGUUACGCCAGGAAUGCAGUGUUUUGUGAUAAGUCAUUCACCAGUAAGGCAUAUGAAGAAGGCUGUUCCUUGUGGCUUAUUACAAACAUACGCUGAACAAUCAUUGAAAAAAAAUUCAGCUUCAAGGAAUGUGCCCAUAAUUUCAAUAUUUAGUGUGGCUUUAGCGAUAAUUGUUGCUUAUUAAAAAAUGUUGAUAAUCUCAAUUUUUGAAUAUAAAAUAGUAAUUUUACAUUAUUUUUAAAGUGUCUCUUACGGUCCAGACAAGAUUUGUUUCUUAGUUAGUUAGGCGUAUUAUAGAUAUAAAUAAACAUCACAACUUAAAUAAAUUACUUGGUCAACUCACGGUAAUUCGAAUUGUGACUGAUCUAUUAUCUUAUUUAGAAAUUUUGUAUUUUAAGACAAUGUAUUUAAAUAAAACGUAGAUUCGAAAAUUG